AUGCAGAGUACCUUUGUCAUCUCCAUUACAGCAGCAGCACAAGAAAGCUUUGGGUCAGGAAGGCGAGCCCUCCAAGCUGCUACCUGCCUUCCUCCUCUAGCGAGGAAUUAUCGAAUAUUUCAAGAUAGAGGAUUUUCAGAGCAAGAAACGGUAACAAAAGCAAUCGGCAAUGUGCAAGAAUGGUUGGGCGCCCAAAUCAAUUUAAUCUCUACCCAACGAAAAGGCCAGAUCUCGAGGAUACCUAAGUGGCUAGCUAUGCGAGCAGCCAUGGGGCUGAAUUUCAAGCAUAUUUCAUUCAAAUCGGACUCUAAAAAUUUAGUGAUAGCAAUCACAGAAAAAUCAAACUAUUCGGAUAUACAUGGAAUAAUCUCAAAUAUCAUUUCUAUCUCUUUUUUCUUUCGAGAAUGUAUCGUUACAUUAUUAUGUUAA